CCCGGCCUAAGCCCCGGCCGCUCCCCCCCGCAGACCGACAGAGGCGCCUCUGCUACAGAAUCGUCCCCUUCCCUGAGCGGUUUUCUUAUCUGUAAGAUGAACAGAUAGGAAACCUGCGUUCACCCCGCCCGCACACAAAAUCCCGCCACCCUAGGAAUAAUUGCAUCACCACAAAGAAGCUAUUUAUCAACGAUUUCCUGGUCUGGCAACUGCUACCCUUUCCCCGCCCUACUGAAAAUUGUGUGUCUGAUAUGCUGCACUCUUCCCCGAAAAUGACCUCGCUUUCCCGAUGAACACGCGCUUUCACUUCGUGUCUCCGUGUCUCGGACAGGGCUGUUAUCUGGCCCUCGACGUCAGCGGUGCUGAGCUCUUGAACUGCUUGCUUAUUUUGUGUGCUUGGGUGGGUGGGGGAUAAAAAUUGAGGUAUUGACAAGAGUUCAGAAAUUUGUAGAUAAGAAUGGCUAAAAAGACCAUAGAAAGGAAGGAUGUGUAGAUUAUUUUAAAAUAGCUGCUAACCUAGAGAAACAUGUAUAAGAGGACCACACUUACCAAACUAAUAUCAUUUAUUUCUGUUUUUAGAUACUCAUAAAACCUUUGUGCAGACCACAAUUCCUGAAAAGAUUUCAUCAGUAGAUACAAGAAGAGAUCCAGAAAAUAAUGCUAGGAGCUCAUUGGUUGGUGCCACCCACAUUCAGGGCAGCCCUUCCCACCAUCCACACCCAGAACGAAGUUAAACCAGCCAGUCACCUAAUCCAGGUUGCUUAUAUCAUCUCAGUAAAAGGAAAACCAUACUUUGUCCACCUUAAAAAACAAUCAUUUCUGGCUUCAGCUUCUGUUGUUUAUUCAUAUGACAAAAAUGGUGCUCAACAUUCUCAGUCUUUGUUACCUCGGAUGGAUUGCAGUUACAGUGGAUACGUCGUAGGCUUUCCACAUUCUCUUGUGGCGCUAACGACUUGUUCAGGACUCAGAGGAGUAAUGCAGUUUAAAAACAUCUCAUAUGGAAUUGAACCAUUGGAGGCUAUGUCAGGGUUUAUGCACAUGAUCUAUGAAGAAAGCAAUAAUGAUACUCAUGUCCCUCUCUUUGGAGAAAAUGAUACUUACGCUUGGCUUAAUACUGCAAAAAGUAAAGUGAGAAGCGGUCUGCAUAAAACUGAAUUUACCAAGUUAUUCCCUCGAUACAUUGAAAUGUAUAUCAUUGUGGAUAAAAAUCUGUUUGUUUACAUGGGGUCUGAUGUAAAGACUGUAACACUGAAGGUUAUUCGGCUCAUUGGCUUUGUUAACACUAUGCUUACCCAGUUAAAACUGACUGUUGUGAUAUCUACCAUUGAACUCUGGUCAAACACAAACAAAUUUGCUACUACAGGACAUCCAGAUGAUGUUUUAUUUAGGUUUCUACAAUGGAAACAUCAACAUGCUGACCCUAAACCACAUUAUAUUUCAUACUUACUAGCUUUUGAGAAACAUCCUACCCGUAUAGGAGCCACAUUCCCAGGAUAUAUGUGUGGUAAUAAAUACGAUGCAGGAGUUGCGCUGUAUCCGGUGGGUUUGUCCUUGGAGUCAUAUGCUGUCAUUAUUGUGCAGUUGCUGGGUCUCAAUGUGGGAUUAGUUUACGACAAUACUGACACCUGCCACUGCUUAGGAGAUAUUUGCACAAUGACGCCAAAGGCAGCGUACUCUGGGGUUUUAACGCAUUUUAGCACUUGCAGCCUGGAUAGCUUUAAAUCACUUGCAUCACGUUCUGGCCUUGACUGUCUCAAGAACAACCCACAUGAUAAGCCGGUUUAUAAGCAGUCAUCUCGAAAGAGAAUAUGUGGCAACUCAGUAAGGGAAGAGGGUGAAGAAUGUGACUGUGGCACUAAACUUAACUGUACGCAUACAAAGUGCUGUGACCCUACGUCAUGUAGGAAGAAAGGCAGUGUAGUGUGUGGCUCUGGAGAAUGUUGUACAACAGACUGUCAGCUGAAAAAGGCCAACACGCUGUGCAGGCCCUCAAUUGAUAAAGAGUGCGACUUCGACGAGUUCUGCACUGGGAAGCAGGGCGACUGUGUGCCCGACACCUACGCCCGCGACGGCAGCCACUGUGACGCGGGGGGAGCCUUCUGCUUCGGCGGGAUUUGUCGGACUUUUGACAGACAGUGUCAGUCCCUCAUCGGAGGCGAUUCUAGAGGUGCUCCUUUUGCUUGUUUUGAAGAAGUAAAUUCCAGAGGAGAUAGUUAUGGAAACUGUGGCCACAAUUUUUGUCAACUUCAACAUGUUUUAUGUGGAAAAUUGGUUUGUACAUGGCCACACAAAAGAUUAGUGUCGCGUGAGAAUUUAUCUGUGGUUUACACACACGUUCGAAAUGACAUCUGCGUAGCUGGAGAGAAAACCGUCAGGAAGACAGUGAGGGCCUCUCUAUCUACUUACUUGGAACACACUGACAGAGACGAGACGUUCGUAGAAGACGGGUCCAUGUGUGGCCCUGACAUGUAUUGUGACAAAUGGAAUUGUAAAGAAGUUCGAUUUAUUAUCAACACAAGCUGUGAUGCUGAAGUAGAUUGUGGUGGUAAUGGGGUUUGCAAUAAUUUUCAAAAUUGUCAUUGUAACAAAGGAUUUUUCCCUCCUGAGUGCCAGUUAAGGAAAGGAGAAUUUGGAAGUAUUGAUGAUGGUCAUGUGAUUAAAGGUAAAAGUGACUUCAGGGAAGGACAUGCUACUGCCUCAAAAUACAGGUUUCAACUCAUUUUCUACAUUGGUGUACCUGUGAUAAUUAUUGCUGCUGCAAUUUUCAUGAAGAAUACAUUAAGAGAGCUGUACUACAGAGGUGGAAAAGAACAUGAGAGUUCUGUGUCAGAGGACAGAAGCAGGAGCAUCACAUCUUCCACUGAAAGUUUUUCAUACAGCAAGGCUCCAGCAAACUUGGAAUCUAACGCCAAGACAGAUGAUGUACCAAAACCAUCAGAAGUGGCCUGAAUCAAGAGGGAAAUACAGUUUCUCCCUUACCACUGUCAUUACGGAAGGGUUUGAACGAUGUAAGAAUAAAUCAUCUGCUACUGAAACACCCAACUUGUGUCUGGUAUCUUGUCUGUAUUUCAGUUCCACUUUUUAACCUUAUUUACCGUAGUUUAUGCUCAAAACAAGCUCAGAAUCAGGCAAGGACAGCUUACAAUACUUCUCCAGUGAAGUCAGCAAGUCCUGCCAGUUCAGUCUUACAGCUCAGCCUAGCCAGGGAGCACUCUGACCUCUUCCCUCCGCACUGCAGAUUGUCCCAAGUCUCCCUCGCUCACUCUGACUUCCCCACUCUCUUGAAGAGCUCGUAGCCUCCACCUA